AUGGAUGACAACCCUGAGUUUUAUUACCCUGAAGAUCUGGAGGACGACUUGGAUUUAGCCAAUGCAACAGCAGUGUUUGAGUCGCAAAACAGCAACAACAACAAUAACAACAACAACAAAGAUGAAGACGAAGAGAUGAUAAACAAAUUUUUGAACGACCAAAAGACCAAAAACACAGGGUAUAAAUCGAAGAGUGACAUGAAAGCGUGGCAAAGAUUUUGUCAAUCCAUUGGAGAAAGCAGAAAAAUGGAAGACAUACCUGAAUCUGAGCUGAAUACACUGCUUUGCAAAUUUUUUAUCUCCAUCCGCAAACAAGAUGGCGGCGAGUAUGAACCGGGAAGCAUUACUGGAUUUCAAAGAAGUUUUCAACGUUAUCUCCAGGAAAAAGGAUCUUUGUAUAAUAUUCUCAAGGAUAACGAUUUUUCCAGGUCCAGAAGCGUCAUUGCUGCCAAACGAAAGGAUCUCACUUGCAAAGGAAAAUGCAAUCUUCCCAACGCAACGAGAGAGCUGAGGGCAACCGAGGUAAACACACUGUUUGAGAUCGGGCAGUUCAGUGUUGUAGAACCAAAGGCACUGCAAAAGGCACUGUGGUGGUUCCUUUCCCUACAUUUUGGUUGGAGAGCUAGAGAUGAGAGCCGGAAGUUGAGCUGGGGAGAUGUGAGCCUUGAAAAUGACCCAGAAACUGGAGCUGAAUGUCUGGUGUGGAAAACAGAAAAAGGUAGCAAGACACGAACAGGCCAAGGAGGGCACCGAAGAGCUUUCAAUCCAAAAGCACAUGCCAGUGUCAACAAAUCGAGAUGUCCUGUUGAGUUUUACAAGGCAUUUAGGAGCCAUCGAUCAGAGUCUAUGUUAAUGUCUGAUGCUCCUUUUUAUCUGGCCAUCAACCACAAACGAAAACCAGAGGAUAAAGUUUGGUAUUUGAAUAGACCUCUCGGUAAGAAUGAAAUUGUAAAAAUCUUGAAAGAAUCAACAGAAGUGGUUCUUGGUAAGGAGAAUCAGCAAGGCCUCAAGAGAAAACUGACCAACCAUGCUGUCGUAAAACUAUCAUCGGCAGGCUCCUUGAUGCAAAUGUGGAAGCUAACUACGUGGCACAACUAA